AAAAACUCAUGGGUCCGUAGCCAUUUUGGCUCGAGACGUUCUGGCUCCAGCUGUGUCGGCCCGUGCGAACUUGCGCUGAGCAUUCUCAAUUGAGGGUGCCCUGCCUCAGGCUGGGGUCAUCUGGAUGACAAGCCGGCUCAAGGUGAUCGCGGGGGUGACAGCGGCAUUGGCUGCCCUUGCCGUGUUCAGGCGCAGACGGAGGGCCAACGGGAAGAAACCGCCCGCCUCUGAUCCGAGUGGUUUGAUAGACUGUUGUCGUUUUAUUCGCGCCGGCAGCCUUUCAGUGUUUUUCGCUCAGCGACGGGGAGUCCUUGGAGACACGUUUACGUUGACAUUUCCGCUCAAGGGCGUCGUGUUCACGAACGUUGACGACAUCAUAGCGGUUACAGCGCUUGAGAAUCGCCUCAACAUGUCUAUCAAGAUGCCACCAGCUUACGAGGCUUUGCAUGGUCAGGACUUGCAGCUGUCAAAGGGAUCCGCACACAAAAUUUGGCGACGUACUUUCAAUGCGGUCGUAUCACCUCGAGCACUUGGGAGCUACCUGCCCAGGAUAAUCAGUGCUUUUGGGGCCAUGUGGACUUCACUGGCAGCGCUUGGCGGUGAAGAGGUGGUCCUGCGCGAUCACAUACGGCGUGCGCAGCUGCGGGUUAUGGCAGACAUUUUGUUUGGUAUCACGUUCGCGGGGCCUGGCGGCGAGGAAGCGUUCCAGAAGCUUGAUAGAGACUUUGAGCAGGAGGUGGGUGCCUUGUUCGCGCUGCCGCUGAACAUUCCUGGAACGACAUUCCAUAAAGGCAUGAAGGCUGCUCGCCGCAUCCGCGGACUUCUGGCAACGCGAUUCAAGGAGGAGUCCCAGCGGCUCUCGAACUCGGAUGUCCCCGUCACUGUGCAGGGCAAGGAGCGGCCGUUGCGAAAUGCCAUCGACGCGGUAAUCGAAAUGCUGCGUUCGUCCGACCCUGAGGUUCGGAAGCUCGGUGACGACGAAGCCUUAAUCGUGAACAACCUGCUUCUGCUGCUAGAGGCCUCUCACGGAACAACAAUGUAUGCUACAACCGCUCUCAUGGCCGAGCUUCACAGGCCCGAGAAUGCGGAUGCGCUCGCCCAGCUGCGGGAGGAGGUGGCCGCCAUGACCUCCUCGGGAGCCACUUUGGAUUUACAGGCAGUGGGAAGCAUGGAGUAUGCAGGCGCCUGCAUCAAUGAAAUUCUGCGGCUGUACCCUUUCGCCGGAGGCAUCCCAAAGUUCUUGCCGCCCGGAGAGGUUCUCGAUGUGAGGGGGAAUCAAUUCGAGGGCCCCGCUGACGUGGUGCUUUAUUUCUCGCAUGCGUUUUUCGACGCAGAUCUCUUCCCAGAGCCCUUAGCAUUCAGACCACAAAGAUGGUUGAAAACAUGUGUACCGGAGAAACUGCGCGUUAGCGAAACUGCUCGGAAGUCGUUCAUGCCGAUGGGUCUUGGCUCUCAUACCUGCCUGGGCGCAUCUCUAGCACACCUCUCCAUGAAGUCCAUGCUCGUCGCAUACUGCCAGGGCGCCUUCCACAUGCACCUCACUGGCCAGGUGGAGCGCGUGCCAGACAUCCUCCCAUGGUGGAAGGUGAAAGACGGCUGCCGAGCCCGCGUGUACAGUUGAGCGCAGGGCGCGUGAGGCCCGUGCCUCGCGGCCUCGAUCCCGGAAGCCUCCGCCGCCCCGGCGGGGGGGGGGCCGCGGGCGCGCCUCUCGGAGCCCGGCCGCCCCUCCGCGGCGGCGCGCCCCCGCGGGGCUCGCCGCAGCCACCCGCCGGGCACCGCCAUCGCGCCCCGAGGCGCAGCGGGCGCCCCCGCGGCUGGGCGGUCGAGCCGCCGAGGUGCAGAGGAGG